CUGCACCGUUUCUUUUGGUCAGCCAUACGCUAUAACCUGGAAACCGAGUGGAAGAACACUUUCCCAUACAUCCGCGAAAUGGACCGCGAGGAGUUGUUUGAUAAGGGUCGAAAUGAGAUACUAGAUAACCUCGUCAGUCUCAGUGCCAUACCCUCUGUGACGUGGGAGAAAAAGAUUAAGGAGCGUCUUUGGCAGAAACUCCAGUCAUACGUGUUCGAGCACAUCUUUGAGCCUGCACAAUUAAAGACAAAUCUUGGGUCCUAUCAGACUUUUGUAGACGUACUACUCCGCGACUGGUCACAGCAUGAGUUGCCUCAGACUUGCGUGCAAGUGGGAUGGGAAGUCCUCUAUGACGAGCUGGAGCGGGCUGCAAAGGAUGCUGAACACUCGCGCGGCUACGAUCACAUUUUCGACAAACUGAAGAAAGAGGUCAUCACGCAGACCCGAAAUCGGCAUCAAUGGGAUGGAAAAGCUAUCACUCGAUUGAGGGUAAUUCAAGGGACAACAUUGGACGAUCACACGGUGCACACGAAGGUCCAGUGGGACAGCGCUGUGAACUUCCUUGAGGACGCUCUCUACGCUCGCAUCAAGGAAGUGAAUCAGCUUAUCUCCGAUCUGCGAGGACCGGGGCUACUUUCUCGAUGGGUUCAUUGGACCAACCAGACGGAUGAGCAACGAAAAAGAGUCGCUGCUAUCGACGAAAUCCUUCCCAUCCUUGCCUCGCAACAGCAACCAAGCAUUGAAAUGUCCCCUGAUGAUGUCACCACGGUCCGGCGAAACUUGCAGGCCAAGAAGUUUGCUGUCUCUAACAAAUUUGUGAGUUCACUGCCCUUUUGCGAUGCACUUUAA